UCAAGUGGGAAAGGCCAAACUUUGUCGUCCACCUCGGCGAUUUGGUCAGCGGGGAGGCUGCAAAAACGACUGAGGAUGUCGAAGAUGCCGUCGUGCAAAUUCUCGGCCCUAUGCGUGGGUCCGGAAUGAGUCGAUCGCCUGGUCCAAUGUGCAUUCCUGACACAGUCUUCCCUUAUAAGGCGAUGCUGGCGUGCCAUUCAGUACAACGAAAGGGAACCACGACAAUGAUGUUUAUUCUACCCAUGCCAUGAUCACAGACUAUGAACGGAACCAUUUUCCCGCUCACAGUUACACCCGCAAGGCUCCUGCAGGUGUCGGCUCUGGCUCUGGGGCGGCACAAGCCGGUACAGGAAGCGACAAUUACUGGGUCCCGAUCUACGGCAACGCGUCAGCUCAAAGAGGUUCGAGACCGGAGCUGCUUCUCUGGUUCUUCGACUCUCGAAGCGGAAAGACAAUGAAGAAGUUUAACAAUACUCAGAUCCCAGAUUGGAUCGACCAAAGCGUGGCCAAAUGGGUCCACAGUCAAGUCGAUGGCAUGCAGACUGCGUGGACAUCAGUGCCACCAUCUCUCGUCUUCGUCCACAUUCCGCCCCACGCUUCGGCUGAAACACAGCAGACCGAACCGUAUUCUCUGCAAGUUGGUGGUGUAACAGACGAGACACCGCAAAACUACACGACGGAGAACAGAAAGUAUCCUGGCCUUAACGAUGAUAGCGGGUUCGAAGGACAAGGCGGGGAGAGUCCGUACAACUACACAGGCCAGGAUCUAGUUGCGCUCAUAUCAUUUCUGCAGAGCGCUGCAGGUAAUGCUAGGGUACAUGCAAUUGUCAGCGGCCACCAGCAUGGAAAUGAUUGGUGCGCACCCUCCAACUUGCAGACGCGCCAGAAGCAGAUCGUGCCGGUCUGUUUUGCAAAGCACAGUGGCUUUGGCGGAUACGAUUACGACAAUUGGAAUCAUGGAUCUCGAAUUUUCCUAUUUUCGCUUAAAGAUGUUGGCAACAGCAUGCAGACAUACAUUCGUUUCUUAACGGGUGAGGUUCGCUACAAGACCACCGUCGAUGCUGCUUGGGCUAUACCCUGAGCCAUGUACUUAGCCCCCCCCUCCCACCCGGGGGCCCCUUCAGAAC